UCUUCGACCCUCUCACCUACCGCCUCGUCUAAGAACACCAGAACGACCACGCCGCCGACCGUAGAUUCUCCAUGCAACAGUGUAAGGUUGGCCGUGCAAGCCUCAAAGGAAAUCUCCUCCAACCACCACAAAGAUCGUAUACCUGCCAAACUUGCCUAUGAUUGUCUAAACUCGAUCCCCUUCAACCAGAGUGCCGCGGCCGCCUUGAUAGAUUCAAUGAGACCCUAUCUGGAAUGGCAAUCGACCACGGCUUAUCUCAAGGACNCCUCCAAAGGAGAAAAGGUUCAGCCACCAUACGACUUCUGGGCUACUUUCGAUACCAUCGAAGCUAACGUCGCCAAUGGAGCUUAUGCCAGCGAGUACGACUUUGGAUGGGACCUCUACCAAUCUACUCAGCUAGCACACGACGGCGGCCACUUCGCAUACAUACCCAAUGUUCUUACACUCUUCACUUUCGGACGUACGACUCCACUCGUGUCUGUUUCCGAAGACGGUAAAGAUCUACCAGUCGUCUAUGCCUACGCAGACAUCCUGGCUUCCCAAGGGUGCAGAUGCAAUUCAUCCUUCAAGCCUUCUCAUAUCGUACAAAUUGAUGGGAGGAACACCACCGAGUUCUUGCUCGAGCUGUCCCAGGACAGUGGUUUCACAGACAGAGAUGCCAAGUGGAACUCCCUCUUCUACUCAAACGCGAAGGCUUCGGGUACAAGUGGUGACGCUGGAUCCUUUUCGAACGGUGACCGUAGCCCCAUCGUCUACCCAGGGCCUACGACUACUCUGACUUUUGCAAAUGGAACCAACAUCGUCAUCGAAAAUUAUGCCGUCUCCCGUGUUGGUGUAAAAGGGAUUCAGUCUGGAGCUGAUAUCUACAGUAACUAUCUCAUCCCACACCCUGAGGUCUACCUGAACGUUUUUGNNAGGGCCUGCAGCUCGAGGAUGAGCAGAAUGACGAGAACGAGGACAACGACAUGCGUCGUCCUUACUUCAAGCCAGAACACAUUACUCACUUUGCAANAAGUCGACGAUGAUUCAUCGAAAGACCACACCGAAACCAUGCCUGCUCCUGGCUAUCCAUCUCCCGUCGUUCGAUCGCGGGAGUAUCUCAAUGGAGGCUACUUCCUCGAGGAACCUGGCUUCGAGGAUGUUGCCGUUCUGGCAGUCGGAUCCUUUGUGGGCACGCCAUACGCCGGACCUGAAUUCNAAAAAGUCAAUUCCGAAUUCAUCGCCGCCGCCUUGGCCGCGAAUAAGACCAAACUGAUCAUCGAUGUUAGCGCGAAUGGUGGCGGCACAAUCAUGCAGGGCUACGAUCUCUUCAAGCAGCUCUUCCCUUCCAUACACCCUUACGGUGCGACCCGCUUUCGUGCCCACGAAUCAGUUGACCGGAUAGGUGAGAUAUACUCGAACACUAGUUAUUCUCCAGACAAUCCCGUUCUGAUACCGUGGGACUAUCGUACCGAUCUCGACUCUGGCGACCAACCAUGGCCCUCUUGGAAAGAAAAGUAUGGUCCUCAUCACUUUGGGAACGAUACCUAUUCCUCACUCAUCCGUUGGAAUCUCAAUGAUUCUAUGAUGUUUCGACACGCUGGUGGUAUUGAAGUAUCCGGGUAUGGCAAUGAUUCCAAUGCAUCUACUGACCAGGCUUUCAAAACCGAGAACAUUAUCCUAGGUCAGUGGCAUAUCGACAUUCAUUCUNUGUAUGAUGGCGCCUGCGCCUCGACCUGCGCAAUCUUCUCCGAGUUCCUUCGUCAAGAAGCAGGCGUAAAGACCAUUGCUCUCGGCGGUCGUCCCUCCACCGACCCCAUGCAAGGCGUCGGCGGCGUCAAGGGCACAGCUGUAUACCAAUGGUCCUACAUAUGGCAAACCGUGGUACAAACCAUCAUCUGGUCGCAAGACAAGGAGCAACUCAAGAAUACCGUGUUGGCAAAGUACACCAAGCUGCCACUGGCCCAAGGCAGAAGCGCUUCCAUCAACUUCCGCGACGGCAUCAGGAAAGACGACGAGCAACAGACGCCAUACCAAUUCAUCUAUGAGCCUACUGAUUGCCGCAUGUUCUACACAAAAGCCAUGGUGCUUGAUCAGAGUGCCGUGUGGAAGACUGUGGCCGACACUGUCUGGGGUCAAGGAAACGCUUGUAUCGCUGGCUCCAACGACUUCUACGGCAAGAAGAGCAAGCACGGUGGACUGAAUACGCCGAGUAUGCCAGACAACGAACACAAGGUGUGGGCUGUCAGAAGCGACUUUGAUGUUGACGAAGCCUGGAAGGCAUUAGAGGUUGAGCACACGCCUAAAUGGGAACGUCGCGAGAAGGAAGACUGGGUCAUGUACGCU